CGGGGUAACGGAGUUUUGAGGUUGUACUGAAUGUUGCCGGCGUAGCAGGAACUCCCGCCAUUUUUCAAUCAGCUAUAAACCCUCUUGUUUGUUUAUGUAAUCAGCAAGUCCCUCAAAACAAUAUCUACGCGGUCUAUAGUCGCUGCGGACAGGGGAUUGGUACGACGCUUUGGCCUGGAGAAUCGUCUACAACACGGACCUGAGCGGCGUAAGAAAGCCCGCCAUACCAGCUCUGACGGGCCGCCUGUCGCGCUUCCAUCCCCGGCACCUUCCGUUCACUCCUUACGCUGUCUUCAGACAUCCCACCAUGACUCCACCGGCUCCCCCAAACCAGCGGAUUUCACACGGGAGAUACAACUGAUCAACAAAACAGUACUUUUGUUUUCACGCGCUUCUUAAAAGUAAGUAAAGCAGCGCGCGCUAGCCUAGCCCGAUGCUACGCCGCUGAGACGCGCGGUUUCACGGCAUAUUCAGUUCGAGCUGAGAUUGAGCGGAGGAGGGGGGGGGGUUAGUUCAGUAGCUCACUUUGCAGACAUAUCCACUACCGCAGCAAGCCCGCGAUGGCACCUCUACUAGGCCGGAAGCCGUACCCUUUGGUUAAGCCGCUGUCGGAGCCGCCGGGCCCAGCAGAGGAGGUGUUCAUCAUCGAGCACACUAAAGAGGCCUUCAGGAACAAAGAAGAGUAUGAAGCUCGACUGCGCAGGUAUGCAGAGCGGAUAUGGACAUGCAAAAGCACUGGCAGCAGCCAGCUUACACACAAGGAGGCUUGGGACGAAGAACAGGAGGUCGCAGAGCUGCUUCAGGAGGAGUAUCCAGUGUGGUUUGAGAAGCCUGUUCUGGAGAUUGUGCACCAUAACACAGUAUCUCUCGAUAAGCUAGUGGAUCUGGUCUGGCUGGAGAUUCUCACCAAGUAUGCUGUGGAUGAGGAGUGCGACUUCUUGGUUGGCAAGGAUAAGACAUUGCACGUGAAAGUGGUGAAGAUUCAUCCUCUGGAGAAUCCUCCAGAAGAAAAUGUGGAGAAAAAGAUGGAAGGAGCUUGUGAUUCUCCAUCCAGUGAUAAAGAGAAUGCUAGUCAGGAGAACCUGAAGAAGGAGCCACAGUCCAAAGAGGAAGACAGCAGGAGAGAGAGUCUCUCUGAUAGGGCCCGCCGCUCACCCAGAAAACUCCCAACCAGUAUGAAAGAAGAGAAGAAGAAAUGGGUCAUGCCCAAAUUUCUGCCCCACAAGUAUGAUGUCAAACUUCUCAAUGAGGACAAAGUGAUAAGUGACGUCCCUGCAGACAGCCUGUUCAGAACUGAGCGGCCUCCCAACAAAGAAAUAAUGCGCUACUUCAUCAGACACUAUGCUUUGAGGUUGGGCUCAGGAGAGAGCGCCCCCUGGGUGGUGGAGGAUGAGUUGGUGAAAAAAUACAACCUGCCAAGCAAAUUCAGCGACUUUUUACUGGACCCUCACAAGUUUUUGGCAGAACAUCCUUCAGCUAAGAGGAAAAGCAUGAGCUCACCGGAAGGUAAACCCAAUAAGAAGCUGAAGACUGCGGAGACGGGAAAAGACAAUGAGGGAGUAAACGUAAAAGGGGAAAAGAAGAAAAAGAAAAAAGAUUCCCAGAACAUUCCUCUCAGCCCAACCCUCUGGGGUCAUAUGCAGGUGAAGAAAGUUAAUGGAUCUCCUUUAAAAAUGAAAAACUCGGGUACAUCUAAGAAAUGUGAUGGGGAAAACAUCCUCAGCACUCCAAAAUCAAAUAAAAAGCAGGGAGACAAAAAAUCCACUGACCCCAAAAAGAGCCGCAAGAGUGGGGUCACCAAGACUCCCAAUGGCCAGAAGCUCUCCAAAAAGGAGGACAAAAGUGCUGGAAGCUCCAAGAAACCCAAAAUGAAGCAGAUGACCCUUUUGGAUCUUGCCAAAAGCCCACCUGCAGCAGCUAGCCCAAAAAAGCGAAGCCGAAGUUCAAGUACUGGCUCUGCUAAGCUGGGCAAACCGUUGCCGCCCAUGGCCUUACAUCUCCUUCGGUUUUACAAGGAGAAUAAAGGCAAAGAAGAUAAGAAGACCACUCUGUCCUCACUGGUGUCUAAGGCAGCAAAAACACUGUCCGCAGAAGAUCGUGGCAGGCUUCCUGAGGAGCUGAAAGAGCUAGUUCAAAAACGCUGGGAACUACUUGAGCAGAAACGCCGAUGGGCCCUUAUGACCGAGGAGGAGAAACAGGAUGUUCUGCGGCAAAAGCGCCAGGAAGUCAAGAAGAAACUGCGUGAGAAAGCCAAAGAGCGGAGAGAGAAAGAAAUGCAGAUGAGGCGGGAGAUGUCACGCCGUUACGAAGACCAGGAGCUCGAAGGCAAGAGCUUGCCGACGUUCCGUUUGUUUGACAUGCCAGAGGGUCUUCCCAACACCCUCUUUGGUGACAUAGCCAUGGUAGUUGAGUUCCUUCACUGCUACUCUGGCCUCCUGAUGCCUGAUGACCAGUAUCCUAUCACCUCCAUCGCUCUGAUGGAGGCUUUAGCUGGAGAGAAGGCGGGUUUCCUGUACUUGAACCGUGUGCUGGUGGUGCUGCUGCAAACACUUCUGCAAGACGAGCUGGCGGAAGGUUACAGUGAACUGGACAUGCCGUUAUCCGAGAUUCCUCUUACCAUGCACUCUGUAUCCGAGCUGGUGCGCUUGUGUUUGCGGCCAACGGAUGCCCAUGAGGAAGAGAGCGCCCGUGGCUCGGAUCACUGGCAGCCUGGUGCGGGCUACGAUGACAUGGUGAGCAGUGAGUUCUUGGAAAAGCUUGAGACGUCGGAGGUGUUUGAACUGACCUCUCAGGAGAAGGUCAGCCUGCUGGUGGCGCUGUGUCAUCGUAUCCUCAUGACCUAUUCGGUGGAGGAUCACGUGGAGGCCACUCAGCAGCGAUCGGCCGAGCUGUGGAGGGAGCGGCUUGCGACGCUUAAAGAAGUCAAUGAACGUAAAAAGGCAGAGAAGCAGAAACGCAAAGAGCAGAUGGAGGCAAAAACCGAUUCUAGCGGAGAUGUACUAAUGAGUGCAGAGAAGAGGAAAGAUUCAAAUGUGAAAAAAGAGACGCCUAAGGUCCCAGCCAAAGUGGAACCAGAGCCGGAGGACAUGAUCAGCACAGUGAAAAGCAGACGCCUGAUGUCCAUUCAGGCCAAGAAAGAAAAAGAAGAGCAGGAACGGCAAAACAAAGGUGAGAGACGUGUGAAAGUAAAAUCAGAAUGCCAGGAAGUAGGUUCAAAGGAACAACUGGUUGAAGUUCCCACCCCUAGGUUUGUGUGUGACUCACAAAAAGACCUCGAUGAACUAAUAGAAAGUCUUCACCCUCAGGGAGUAAGAGAGAGUGAACUCAAACUCAGGCUUCAGGUUAAUUACCAGGAAAUCUUGCAUUCCAUCCAUCUGACGAAAAAAGGUAACCCAGGCCUGAAGACCUGUGACGGAUACCAGGAGCUGCUUAAAUACUUGCGCAGUGACAUUAACGAAGUAGCCUCCCGUCUCCAGAAAGGAGGCCUUGGAAACAUGGAGGACACAUCUGAAUUUGAGGAGAGGGUGCAUGACUUGGAGAAGCUGCAGGACUUUGGGGAGUGUGUGAUCACACUACAAGAGAGCGUGAUCAAGAAGUUUCUGCAGGGCUUCAUGGCACCCAAACAGAAGAAGAAAAAGAAGACCGGGGGAGAGGAGAGCACGACGGCAGAGGAAGUGGAUGAUCAGAAGAGACUGGCUGAAGAGGCCAGGGUAGCAACAGCGGUGGAGAAGUGGAAAACUGCCGUUCGUGAAGCUCAGACUUUCUCUCGCAUGCAUGUUCUGCUCGGCAUGCUGGAUGCCUGCAUCAAGUGGGAUAUGUCUGCAGAGAACGCUCGCUGUAAAGUGUGCCGCAAGAAAGGAGAGGAUGAUAAGUUGAUUCUGUGUGAUGAGUGCAAUAAAGCCUUCCAUCUGUUCUGUCUGCGGCCGGCACUAUACCGUAUACCGGCAGGUGAGUGGCUCUGCCCAGCCUGUCAGCCAACCAUCGCGCGACGCAGCUCAAGGGGCAGAAAUUAUAAUGAGGACACUGAGGAAGAGGAGGAUUCAGAGGAGGAAGACGAAGAAGACUCUGAAGAGGAAGAAUCAGAAGAAGAAUACAGGGACACGGGCCACAGCUUGAGACCUAGGAAGAAGGUGAAGUCGUCUUUGAAGCCCAAAGUGCAGAGUAAACCACCACAGAAGAAGCAUUCGCCUUCUAGUGCCAAACCAGCUCUCAGACCUGCUUCCAAGCCAGAUCCAAAACCUUCUCUCAGACCUGCGUCCAGACCAAAUCCAAAACCUUCUCUCAGAUCUGCUUCCAGACCAGAUCUUAGACCUGCUCCCAAAUCUGCUUCCAACCCAGACCCUAAACCUGCAUCCAAAAUUGAUCCUAAAUCUGCUCCCAAACAAUCGCCUAAAUCACGACCUGGACCAAGCAACCCUGCAGACAUCGAUGAGCUGGUCCGACAGAGCUCCAAGCCUCUAUCAAAGAAACAAGCUAUUGAGCUGGAGAAAUGUGAGGAGAUCCUUCAGAAGCUGAUGAAAUACAGACACAGCUGGCCCUUCAGGGAACCCGUAUCUGCUGAAGAGGCCGAGGAUUAUGGGGACAUCAUCAGCUGCCCGAUGGACUUCACCACCAUGCAAGAUAAGUUCAAAUCCUCCCAGUAUCAGAGCGCCAGCGAUUUCAUUGAGGAUGUGAAGCUCAUCUUCUCAAACGCAGAAGAAUACAACCAGCCCAACAGCAACGUCCUGACCUGCAUGGCACGCACAGAGCAGGCAUUUAUCGAGCUAGUGCAGAAGAGCCUCCCUGGGAUCGGCUACCUGCGACGCAGAACGCUCAAACGCCAGGCCGCUCACUCCGAAGAGGAUGACGACGAGGAGGAGGAGGAGGAGGAGGAAGAAGAGGAGGAGGAGGAGGGCAGGAGGAAGAUACAAAAUGGGAAGCAAGGGAGAGCCAGACAGACCAGACCGCGCGGUGGACAACGAAACCAAGCUGACAGUGAAAGUGAGGAAGAUGAGGAGGAGGACAAGUUUGUGAGAAGGAAGAGCAAGCGGACAAAUCGCAAAGAUUAUCGGGAGCAGGACAGCGACAAUGAGAGGGACAGCAGGAGAACUGGAUUGAGGCGGACUGUACGAGGUGUGACUGGUGACAAGGAGGCCAGCAGUGACGAGGACUCGGGCGUCCAGCGACAUUCCAAGAGGCUCAAACGCUCAUGAAGACCAGGGUGCUUUUUUUGUGUUCUUUGUAUUCAUUUUCGUACCCCCUCCUUAUUAAUUAGAAGGCGAAACGGGCCGCCCCAUACCCACUGCAUAUCGGACCGAAUCUUUGCUCACCCCGAUGUAGAUGUUUCUGUUUAUUUUACUUUUUGGAAGUUUUUAUGUUAAUA